GCACGAACAGAUAACAAAAUAGAGGUAAACCUGAAGAAAGCAGUGGAGAAGAAGCAAAGAAAGAAGCACUUGACACAUAGGAAAGGACGUGGUAGAAGUUUGCAUGCUCUCGGUCACGCAACCUUCGUGCAUUCCCAAAACCCUAAAACCCUUCAUUCCCCUUCCGUCUCCGGCCAUGAAGGACCGCCGCGCGCUGUCCUCCUAUGGCUCCGUUUACAUUCCGCCGCACCACCGUUUGCGCUCCGUUGCUAAUUUCAACAACUCACCCUCUCCGUUUCGCGCCAAACCCCACGAAAACCCUACACACACCAUUUCUACUCUGCAACCGCCGUUCACGGAACGAGUUACCGAUAAGGCACGUUCGCGCUUCGUUUCUGCUUAUGACGAUACCGUUUCCGAGGAAGGCUCCGAUCAUGAAUUCGAACUUCCCUCAGUAGUGCGUGUUUCCAAAUUUGCUUGUCCUAAUGCUUCGCUUGAUGAUAACACUGACGAGUGGAAGCGGAAAUUUACCGUGCUCUUAAAUGACAAGAGUAAGCACGAAUUAAUCUCGAGAGAGAAAAGGGAUAGGCGUGAUUUUGAUCGAAUAGCAGUUAUUGCAAGCGGAAUGGGAUUGUAUAGCCAUAUCUAUGCUAAGGUUGUUGUCUUCAGUAAGGUCCCACUUCCAAAUUACAGAUAUGAUUUGGACGAUCGGAAGCCUCAGAGGGAGGUGAGCUUGUCUUUCACCACAUUUACCCGUGUUAAGGAGCAUUUUGAGGAAUAUCUUAGCCAAAAAUCCAGGAUGAACAAAAGCUGUUUGGAUUUUUCAUCUGCAAGAUCCAGCAGUAAUUGCAGUAUUGGUAUGGAUGAGGGGCUUUUUGAGCAACCUGAGCCACUAGCAUCAAGUAAGGGUGUUAUGGAGAAAAUUGUUUGGCAGAGGAGCUUACAAAUGCGUGAUCAGCAGCAAGCUUGGCAGGAAUCUGCUGAAGGAAGUAGAAUGCUAGAAUUUCGCAGAAGUCUCCCGGCUUAUAAAAAGAAAGAAGACAUAUUAUCAGUCAUAUCAAGGAAUCAGGUAGUUAUCAUUUCAGGCGAAACAGGUUGUGGCAAGACAACACAAAUUCCACAAUUCAUUUUAGAAUCUGAGAUAGAAUCAGUUCGUGGAGCUUCUUGUAAUAUCAUAUGCACACAGCCCAGACGCAUUUCAGCCAUGUCAGUUUCUGAAAGAGUGGCCUAUGAGAGGGGAGAGAAAUUGGGCGAAUCUGUUGGAUAUAAAGUUCGACUUGAGGGUAUGAAAGGGAGAGAUACCCAUCUUCUCUUUUGCACCACAGGCAUUUUAUUAAGAAGAUUACUAGCAGAUAGAAAGUUAAAAGGCGUAACUCAUGUUAUUGUGGAUGAAAUUCAUGAGCGUGGGAUGAAUGAAGAUUUUCUGCUUAUUAUCCUUAAAGAACUCCUUCCCUUUCGGCCAGAACUGAAACUGAUUUUGAUGAGUGCUACCCUAGAUGCAGAGCUCUUUUCUUCAUACUUUAAUGGGGCUCCGACUAUGUUUAUUCCUGGCUUCACAUACCCCGUCAAAACCCAUUUUUUGGAGAACAUUCUUGAAAUGACGGGCUACAGAUUAACUCCUUAUAAUCAAAUUGAUGAUUAUGGUCAAGAAAAGAUGUGGAAAAUGAACAGACAGGUCCCAAGAAAGAGGAAAAGUCAAAUUGCUUCUGCGGUAGAGGAUGCAAUUAGAGCUGCUGAUUUCAAAGAUUACAGCCCACAUACACAGGAGUCUUUGUCAUGUUGGAAUCCUGACUGCAUUGGUUUUAGUCUCAUAGAAUAUAUUUUGUGCAAUAUAUGUGAGAAUGAAAGACCUGGUGCUGUUUUGGUUUUCAUGACUGGAUGGGAUGAUAUAAGCUGUCUGAAAGAGAAACUCCUGACUCAUACUGUCUUGGGAGAUCCAAACCGUGUUCUGUUGCUUACAUGUCAUGGCUCAAUGGCUAGCUCAGAGCAGAGAUUAAUAUUUGAAGAGCCUGAAGCUGGAGUAAGAAAAAUAGUGCUAACAACAAAUAUUGCCGAAACCAGUAUCACGAUAAAUGAUGUUGUCUUUGUUCUUGACUGCGGAAAAGCGAAAGAAACAUCGUAUGAUGCUCUGAACAACACACCUUGUCUGCUCCCUACAUGGAUUUCUAAGGUUUCUUCUCAACAAAGAAGAGGAAGAGCUGGUCGAGUACAACCAGGAGAGUGUUACCAUCUCUAUCCUAGAUGUGUGUAUGAUGCAUUUGCGGAGUAUCAAUUGCCAGAAAUUUUGAGAACACCUCUGCAAUCCCUCUGUUUACAAAUUAAAAGUUUAAGACUUGGAAGCAUAUCUGAGUUCUUGUCCAGGGCUUUGCAGUCUCCUGAGAUACUUGCGGUACAAAAUGCAAUUGAAUAUUUAAAAAUAAUUGGAGCUUUGGAUGAGACUGAGAAUCUCACUAUUCUAGGGCGCUAUUUGACAAUGCUUCCUAUGGAACCCAAACUUGGCAAGAUGCUAAUAUUAGGUGCUAUUUUCAAUUGCCUGGAUCCCAUAUUAACUGUUGUUGCUGGUCUUAGUGUGAGAGAUCCUUUUCUAACACCGUUGGAUAAAAAAGAUCUUGCAGAGGCUGCAAAAACUCAAUUCUGUGGUGCAUAUAGUGACCACCUUGCACUUGUAAGGGCACAUGAAGGUUGGAAAGAUGCUGAAAUGGACAUGGGUGGAUAUGAAUACUGUUGGAAAAACUUUCUUUCCUUACAAUCCAUGAAAGCUAUUGAUGCUCUGCGGAGAGAGUUCAUAUGCCUGCUCAAGGAUACCGGAUUAGUUGAUAGUAACGCAGCCAGCUGCAAUGCAUGGAGCUCAGAUGUAAAUCUUAUCCGAGCAGUUAUUUGCUAUGGCCUAUAUCCUGGAAUUGCUUCUGUUGUGAAUAAUGAGAAAUCAUUCUCUUUGAAAACAAUGGAGGAUGGACAAGUGCUCCUAUAUUCGAACUCAGUGAAUGCUCGGGAAACUAAAAUUCCAUAUCCAUGGCUUGUUUUUAACGAGAAGAUAAAAGUGAACUCGGUUUUUCUCCGCGACUCUACAGCUGUGUCUGAUUCAAUGGUGCUUCUGUUUGGAGGAAGCUUAUUGAAAGGAGAUGCUGAUAACCAUUUAAAAAUGUUGGGAGGAUAUCUUGAUUUUUUUAUGGAUCCGAGUGUUGUUGAAAUGUACCAGAGUAUACGGAGAGAACUCGAUGCCUUCAUUCAGAGCAAAUUAAUUUUUCCAAGAAUGGGCAUACAGUGGUAUCAUGAUCUCCUAUAUGCAGUACGGCUGCUGAUUUCCAAUGACAAAUGUGAAGGUAGAUUUGUAUUUGGUCGCCAGGUCCAUAAACCAUCUAAGAAAUCUAUUAUGUUGGCCUCACACCCAACCUUGGUUUCAAGGACUGAGAGUGGACCUGGGGGAGAUAAUUCUAAAAGUCAGCUCCAAACAUUGCUUACGAGAGCAGGAUGUGCAGCACCCGUCUACAAGACUAGACAAUUGAAGAACAAUCAGUUUCAGGCUGCAGUUGAAUUCAAUGGAAUGCAGAUAAUGGGUCAACCUUGUAACAAUAAAAAGAGUGCAGAAAAAGAUGCUGCAGCUGAGGCAUUGCAGUGGCUGAUGGGUGGAAAGCAAGCAGGCAGGGAGUAUAUCAAUCACUUGUCAAUGUUACUUAAGAAAAGUAAGAAGGAUCACAAUUAAGCGGUCAAAGUAAUAUGCUCAAUGCAAAGCUAAAAAGGACGUCUAAGGUUUCAUGGGGCAUUGUUACUAUGAAGUCCUGGAUCAUUGAGUCAAUUUGUCCACCAUCAACCACAUUGAAUUUGAAGUUGAAAGAUUACUCAUUCUUUUAUUGGAGCAAGAUAAAAGAUCGUCCGCGAGCAUGAAGCAAGUAACUGUCAAUCAAGGCUUGAUGAUCCUUUUCCAGCAUCAGUGAGAAAAUUGACGGUUAGUGGCUGGGAGGGAUUAGUACAUAGCAUUCAUUAAAUGAGUUGGGUUGGCGAUGCGGGCGGUUGUGCACAUAUUCGGCGGGAAAUGAUGCUACACUCGAAUUCCAGUACAUUCACCCAUUCAUUUUGUACAGUGAUUAUCAUUUUUGACAGUAUUAAAAUCCUAAAUAUUCCAAUGUUGAGCCCAAAUGAACCUUUUUCUGGUCUUUUGUUCUUGGUCCGAGCAAAACCAGGUGAAAAAUUAAAGUAACCGGCCAAAUAAAUGGGAAUCUGAAACGAUUGUUCAGCAUCAAUAAAUUUUGGUUGGUGACAAAUAUGAGUUGAAAUUUAUCACAUUCUAAGUUGCUUUGAGAGGACAAGCCCUGAAAGGAAGCAAGUGUUGCCAGCUCAACAUUUGUUUGGAUUUUCAUUUCCAUAGCAAGAAACAGACUAUCAAUGUAAAGACACCACACUCAUGGAAUGAUUUGAAUGUUCUUUGGAAUGUGUAUUGGCGGUAAACCAAACAUGCAAGGGAAGUACAAAGAUUAUUUCAA